UUUCGUUGUCUAUAAUCGUUUUAUUAGUGGAAAUUACACAAAAUGUAAUGCAAACGUGACAGUUUAUAAUUUAGUAAAAUAUUAGUAUUUUUCAAUAACAAGUGCCGCUUGGAGAGGGCAAGUGUUGGUGUCGGCACGAUACAACAGCUUGAGAGCCCCGUUUUGGCGGUUACAGAAUUUUAAGGAAAAAAUCAGUAUUUACGAAAUGGCUGAGGACAAAAAUCAAAGUGUUGAUUUAACAGAUCACGAGGCUGAGUUGUACGAUAGACAAAUUCGUCUUUGGGGUUUAGAAUCACAAAAGCGCUUACGAGGUGCCAAAGUUUUAUUAAUAGGUAUAAAUGGUUUUGGAGCAGAAGUAGCAAAGAAUAUUAUAUUGGCUGGUGUGAAAGCAGUUACGUUUUUAGAUCACAGAAAUGUAACAGCCGAGGAUCGAUGCUCGCAAUUUUUAACACCUACAGAUUUAAUAGGAAAAAACAGAGCAGAGGCAUCCUUGCAAAGGGCUCAGAAUUUAAAUUCUAUGGUCGAUAUCAAAGCAGACACAUCCAACGUCGACGACAAACCAGAUAUAUUCUUUAGCAAUUUUGACGUUGUUUGUGCAACAGAAUGUACCAUUACGCAAUUAAAGAGAAUCAAUAAGAUAUGUAGAAAACAUAAUGUAAAAUUCUUUUGCGGAGACGUUUGGGGAACUGUUGGCUAUACUUUCGCAGAUUUAAUAGAACACGAAUACGCAGAAGAUGUAGUACAAACAAAAAAGAUAAUGCUCGGAGAAAGUGGCGAGCCUAUAGAGAAAGAGAAGUUCGAAGACAUAACCGUAACAGAGAAGCGUAAAGAUACCUUUGUGCCUUUCGAAGCAAUUUUGAACGUAGAAAAGUCUUCUGUUCCUAAAGAAUCUGAAAUUUAUUAUAUGAUGUCAAUAAUGCUUAAUUAUCGUGAAAAGUAUGGCAAAGAUCCGUUGCCCAGUGAAAGAGGUUCAGAGAAUUUCAAAACCGAAGCAGAAGAGAUCACUAAGAAAUAUGAGCUCAAUGAUACGAUAAAUGAUUUAAUAGAGGGUGACGUGUACGCUCAAAUUAGCCCGGUGUGCGCCAUCGUUGGUGGCAUAAUGGGCCAAGAAAUAAUUAAAACGGUCUCGCAAAAAGGCGCGCCGCACAACAACUUGUUCAUUUUCAAUCGAGAUAGGUUGUGCGGAAAAAUUUUGAGAUUGGGUCAGUAACGACAAUUCCUACGCGUUGGUAUGUCUCAUUGCUUCAACAGCGCACUAUUAUCGACACAGCCAUUAAUUUACCACGCAUUACUCCAUGUUUUUUGCUACGAAAUCUUAAUAAAUGUACGUCUAAGAAAACACGAAAA